UGGUAACUCGAUUCAGUACCUUUCCAGAAAAUGGCUCGGGUUGUGUGUCGAAGUGAAGUCUGACACGUAUUUUCUUAAAAUUCGUAGAUGAUUUGAUAAAAACUUAUUAUGAUUUUGUUUUAGUUACGUUAUUGUGUAUGAUACUCUAACAACCUACCAAAAAUGGAGUUCCGGGAGACUUUGCUAGCUGCUCAACGAAAUCAACAACAAAAGUCAUCUCGCAACACAUACUACAGAGCUGGAUUCGAUCCGCCAAAGAAAGAACAACGGCAAAAGGACAAGUUGUCAGAGAAUAUAUUAAAGUUUUUAGCUAAAAAAGAUGAAGAAGAAAGGCAAAAACAACGGGAAGCUCAGAAGAAGAAGGAAGAGCUACUUGCUAUGCGCGACCCCAAGGCCUUGCGGAAGAUUCAAAAGACUCUGAAGACUAUCAAGUCUGCCAACAAGUCUGUGAUAGAGGAUGCAGUGGACCACAAUAACACAGCGGUCACCAGGGCAGGCCCAGACCAGCCAGACCAGGAUGACUAUGGAUAUGAAUCUCAGGAGGCGGCUGCUUUCUAUGGAAAACUGAUGCAGAAAUAUAGCAAGAUACCUGAUGAACCCAAAUUUCCUAUGGGCAAAAAGAGUGUAAAAACAGAUUUGAAAGGCACCAUGGAACGAGUAAAGAAUGCCCUGGCACAUGAAGAUGACCCUGUGCCACACAAGAGAAGGCGGAGGACAGAUAAUAGUGAAAGAGAAUCAAGUCCUCCUCAAAAGUAUGAGCCAGAGAAACGAAAAGACGAGAAACCUGAGAAGCCAAAGUUCCGCAAGCCAGCACCGCCGCCCAUGGACUUUAAUCAGCUGCUGAAGCUAGCCGAGGAGAAAAAGAGCGCCCCAGUCGAAGUGCCCAGGCCGGCGGCGGCCAAGGCGGAGGCGGAGCCGGCGCGGCUGAUGACCAAGAAGCAGCGGCGCGAGCACGAGGAGGAGCUGGCGCGCCGCCAGCGCCGCCAGGAGCGCCUCGACGCCGAAAAGAAUGGCCGGAAACCCCAAAGAGAAGAAAGGGACAAGCCUGUUGAUAGAGAAAAGAAACCGGAAUCUAGUGGAUUUGGAAGAAUUCCUAAAAUCGGCGAGAAAAUGUCAUCCAACCAGUCUUCCAAUUCCGGCUCCAAUUCUCAUAAAAAUGACAGCACAAAAACAACCGAGCGAAGCAAAGACAAACCGUCCAGUGACCGGGAUAGAGCUGACAAGUUGCAGAGAGAGAAAGAGAGGGCGAGGCAGGACAGGGACAAGGCGGAAAGAGAAAAGGAGCGACUAGACAGGGAGAGGCUGGAUAAGUUGAAGGCGGAACGAGAAAGGAUAGACAGAGAAAUGGAAAGACUAAAUAGAGAUAGAGACAGAUUAGAAAAAACAAAGAUGAAACUAGAAUCUAGUAAAUCUUACGACAAACCUGGCAAAGAUGUAGACAGAAGUAAAUUAAGCUCCAAGGACCAAACCUCACGGCCGGAAGUCAAAAAGAGUAUAGACUUAAAAAGCCAAAACACCUACAGGAUAGAUAAAAAUUCGAACGAUAAAAAAAUUACAAUACCUAACAAAAACGGCGAGAGCAAGUAUAUGAACGGCCACAGUUCGCAGAGCAAACUGGCACAGAAAAGCAAAGAGGAGUCGAGAACAAGCGACAGGGAUAGAGCUAUAGCGAAGCACAAGGCCACGCUAGAGAACGGCAAGCGGCCCCCGGAGAGCAAGCCUGCGAGGAGGCCGGCCGCGCCCGCCUUCGACUUCGACAAGCACGUCGGCGCGCUGGCCGGCCGCGCCGCCGGCGGGGCGCAGGGCCCGAGGAAGAAGCAGAAACGGCGCGCCGUCGACUCGGAGUCGGAGUACGACUCGGAGAUGGACGACUUCAUCGACGACGGCGACGAGAACAUGGACUACUCUACUCACAUCAAGGAGAUCUUCGGAUACGACAAGUCCAAGUAUCGGGACAUGGACGACGACGACGACCCGACGAUGGAGUCCAGCUUCGCGCGCCAGCAGCGCGAGGAGUACAUCAGCAAGAAGAUCGGCAUCAUGGAGGACCUCGAGGACAUGCGCAUGGAGGCCAUGGAGAAGAAGAAGGCGGCCAAGAAGAAACGCCGCAUCAGCGACGACUGACCGCGCCCACACGCCACACCCGCCCCGCUUGACGCCUUCUGAAUGAUUAGAAUAGACAUUAAUAGUACUACAUGCAGUAUUCUCUCUGUCCAAUUUUACGAUGUCUGAUAGCGGAAGAUCACGAAUUGUGUUGUCCCUGUCUAUCGUGUGACUGUCUCUCGACAAGGGGUGCCUUAGUAUCUGUUCAGAUCAGUCAGCGGCGUAGCAUGUGAUUGCCGCCCGGGGCCGACCAGAAAUUUGCCGCCCCAAUUUAUGACCAACAUCAUUUAGACAAGUCAUAAGUUCAGUCACAAAGAUUUUUACUGAUAAAAAAGUUAUAGGUACAGUUUUGCAUUAUUCUAUGUAAUAUUAGAAAAAAAGUUAUAUUCUAUUUAUUAUUUUACUUUAUUAGGUACACUAAACAGAUAUCGUACAAUAUCAUGAAAAACAUACAAUUGCAUAUGAUGGCUUAAAAACUAGCACGAGAUCCAAAACAAGUGUUCACAGUAUGCUUUACAAGUCCAAAUGUAUAAAGAAUCAUGCAAAAAAUACGCGGCCUCUUCAAGGUGAUUUUGAUCCCUAUUUAUUUUAUUUAUUUUACAUGGUUGAAUCGUACAUAAAACAAAUGUUGGGUCUUUUAUGUUUCAUUAGAUAUAUAAAUCAUGUGUAUUGGACUGCCAAAAUUGCAACUGUACAGUCAGCGUCAAAUACUUUGUAGCAGUCAAAGUUGCCAAAUAGUUCGGUACACCAUACUAAAUAUAUGGUGUACCGAACUAUUUGGCUACUUUGGUUGCUACAAAGUAUUUGACGCUGACUGUACAUGUUUUACCAAAACCUACUCGUUGAAUGGCAGUCAAAAAGAAGCGUGUUACUGAAAGUACCCUAAGUGUGAAGGGUACUAGCUGAAGUAUAGACUUGUCGAAGAACUCAAUGCUGUGAUAAAAUAGCAUUCUAAUAAAGUAGGUUAAAAAAAAAAUUGUACCUAUUUUAUUAAUGUGUUACACCCACAGUCCAGCCGCGUAUUCGCGUCUAACGACAAUCCCAAAGUAAACAAGUAGUAAAUAAAGUCGAGAUCAAAAUUUUAAAACAAUUAUAUUACGUUUUGAUCGUAUAAAACAAGCCUUCAAAUCAUGGCUAACUUUUUUUUUUAAAUCAAAAACUUUGUAUCACAUAUUAUCAGUCAAAACCUUUGUGACAUAACUUAUGAUCUGACUAGACAAAGUAACGUAAAAGUGGUAAAAUACAAAAAAUAUGUUCAAAAACUAAAACUUGACUACUGAAAAUCUGGCUCUUAAAAGUAUGAAAAAAGAAAAAAAAUCUCAUCUGAAAUAAUCACACAGAAAAUAUUGUAUUUUUACAUCUUUUAAAUACAGAAAUACAAUCUAACAUAAUUUAGAAAUACAAUGUAUACACUGUGGGAACGAGUAACCUGAGGUCAUAACGAGCAUAAAAAAAUCUUUGACUUUUGAUCAAAUUCGGCAAAAAAAAAAUGUGUUUUCUACACACGACACGUUAUUUAUUUUUAUAUCUUGGCAAAAAAAACAUUACAACGAAUAGGUAAUAAUUAUUUGUUUUACAAGGAGGCAAAGUUGUUGUUUAACCGCUCGUGCUAAUAUUGAUACCCGAGCAAGCGAAGGAUCCCGAAACUGCCACGAGCGUAGCGAGUGGUUCGCUCAGAGGCAUCGUGACCGUUGCGAGGGUUUCAAGGCUCAAGGGUUAUAUAAACUUUGCCUCCGAGUGAAACACAACAAUUUCCACCACACCAAUGCGAGGAAAAUACUCACUAUGAAAUAUCAAAAAAAUCACACCAAAUCAAAUCCAAAUGAACGUAAUAAUACAUUUAUCAUUGAAAAUCAUCAUUUAAAAGUAAAUUCGACUAGCUAACAUAAGGAAACAACUCACAAUUAGUAUCUGACUACUUUGCCCCACAUGUGAGUUAAAUUCAGCUUUAUCAUUUGUUUUUGAACAAUCAAGAGAGCCUUUACCCGUUGGUGUGGUGAAAAGUUUUUUAUUAUUUAAAAAUAAAUUUUGCAAGUUUCCUUUAAAAGUUUAAUACCUGUUAGUCUGUAUGUCUAAGCCUAAGUCACAUAGUGCCAGUGUUGUCGCAGUCAUAAAGGCGUUUUUCACUGAGUUAGUGAGGAAUUUAUUAUACAAACGAAUUUUCACAAUAAUUGUCACUGUCUCUAUCAAGACCGAUUUUAGAAAAUGUUGUAUGACAUUUUAGUCUUGAAAUGCGGUCAAGAAUACACCUUUAACAUCUGUCGGAUUACUCGUUCCCACGAUGUAUAGUUAAUAUUCACAACAAUAUUCAAAGGACAGCCGUGAUCGCAUGCUACAGUCAUAAGCUCUAAGGUAAAGGUAAAUGAUUAUUUCAGAUGAGAAUAUUUUCUUGUUUCAUACGUUUUAUAGCGCUAUUUUCAGUAUUCUGCUUUUAUAUUUGAACUUUUUUUAUUUAAUUAAUUUUGGGGUUAUAAUUUCGUGAUUAAUUAUUUAAAAUAAUUUUACAUAAUUUUUGUGCCAGUGUGCCUUCAGUACAGCAGCGCACGCAAAGCGCCCAAUGCUUUUACGUGAGAGCGCCAAAGGCGCGCGUUAUUCAAUCGCCUCCCGCGGUGCAUUGGUUCGUUUCGUGGCACGAUUUGAAAAUUUUAUAUUUUUUUAAAUACCGUGUUUUGCCGCCCCCUCUCAUGUGCCGCCCGGGGUCAUGGCCUCCCUAGCCCCCCCCCCCCCCUCGCUACGCCUGAGAUCAGUCAUGAGCCUAGAAAGUCUUACGAACAAAAAAAACCUACGUCAUAAUCGCUUCUCUGCCAUCGACAGAUAAGCAUGUUAAAAUCGCUUCAGGGCGGUGUAGGGGUAUAGAAUAUAUAAGAAGUAAUAAAACUUCUGUGAGACACAGAUAUAUUAAAUAUAUAAAAAUGGGUAUACGUGAGUGACCCGACUUAAUAUACUAAUUAGUAUUUUGACAAUUUAUUGUUUUGUAAUACCAUAAUAAAUAUAAUUAUAAUUGUUUUUGUUACCUACCUAUAAUCACAAUGAGUUGCGGAUAAUUUAUUUGUCUGUAAUCCUGUUUGAUACGAGUGUGAAUAAUAUAAUUAUCUAUAUAAUAUUAAUUAUUAAAUUUAGUUAGUACAUUUUAUACAAUAUUAAUAUCAAAGAGAAUUGAUUGUAAUAGAAAAGUAAAGUCUAAGAAAAAAUCGUGCCCCUUAGUUUGACAUCCAAAACAGAUGGCGCUGUACUGCGCCAUAUGUUUUGCGGUCACUGAAUUGUAAAACGUCAACUUUUGAUAAUCAGAGUUGCCGCAAAAUGUAUGGAGCUGUACAGCGUCAUCUCGUUUACCUGUCAAAUUCGAAGCACGAAAUUGUCUUAGAUUUUACGCAUCUUAUUCAAUCAAUGAAUCUUUGAUUAAUAUGGCGAAUAAAUGAAAUCAAUGGUUAUAGUUUAGUUGUGGUUUGGUUAUAUUAGAAUUAAAACAAGCUGAUGUGACGCACCGUUUGUGAACCACGCCAAAACAAUCGACAAUCGUUUUUUAACGUUAUGAAUUAAUUUUCACUAGCAGUAGCAGCAGGUUACGAUUAGAAAGAGACAACUUUUUGUAAUCGUGAAGAGGGGUCUUUUAUUCAAUUUCAUAUAACGUCGGUAGAGUCAGACCAAGAUAAGUUGGCAGAGAUUUUGAUAGGCCAGGCGUUGGAAGUGUUAUUUUAAACGUCAAAUUUCUAUGAAAUUAUGACGUUUAUUUAACACUUUCACCGUCUGGCCUAUCAAAACCGCCGCCAACUUAGCUUGGUCUGACUACAUUUCACUAGUCUCCUGUUAUUAAACGGCCAACUGACAACUUUGGUUGACCCAAAAAUAAUGAUGGUUACAUUAAAGUCUUUGAAGCCAGAUUCAUUGCACAAUAUGUGUACGAUACAUAUACAUAAACAGAUGGCCAUAUCCAUUUUAUCCUAUGGCAGUCCUCUAAAGUAAAUCUACAUUUGGCACUGAUUUUAACGUGGUGUCAUAUUUUCAAUAUUGUCAUAAUGCGAAUUUGCGACUUCUCUACAAUUUGUCAUUGCAAAGUCUGUGCCGAGCUUGGUCCGACUCUGCUGAUGAUGAUGUUCAUUAUAUAUUUUUUUAUGUUACUAUCAUCAUCAUGAUAUUAAUGUAAAAAUUGCAUCAUCAAAGAAAAUAAUUAUAAAAACUUCCUUAUAAACUUUUGGUAGGUAUCUAUGUACGAAAAUUAUCUGAAUUCCAUAAUGAAGCUCACAACAAAAAACCGACUUUCAUAAGGCAUACUGUGUAUUUUAUUUCUUUUCUUCAUAGAUGCAAGAGGUUGGUUGCUAUGUUGUUGUUGGUUUUAAUUGUAGUGGGACCCCCUUUGUGCUUUACUAAGAUCUCACAACCACAACAGCUUUUUAUUUUCCGAAUGUUUGUAUUAAGUCUAACUGUUGUUUAAUUAAGUGUAGUAAAUUGUAAAACUUGUACAGUUGUAUAGCUGCAAGACAAGCGAGAAAAAGAAAAAAAAAAUUAUUAAAUUUAUAUAAUUAUAUUCAGCAAGUUACAUAAA